AUGGCGAAAAUUGUUCGAGUUUCGCAUCCUACCAGAGGAAAAAAAUUAGUACUUGGCGAUUCGGAUUAUGAAUUAUUCUCAAUUUCAGUGAAACAAAAGUUUUUGCUAGAUCCGGAUGCGAAAAUUUCAUUCGAAGAUGAAUACGGCGCAGAAGUGGAUGAAGACAUUUUCCAAUUUUACUGCAUUGACGUUUCAUCUCCUAUGGCCACAGCUGGAAUAAAUUCAUCCCCAGCUUCAAGCGAGACCUCAUUGUUAUUCAUUCAUUUAUUUUUAUUCAACAGCGACUUGUUUAAUUUGCUAGAAUAUCACAUUUCUAAUUUUUUUGAGUUACAGAUAAUUGAGGCACAUAUUCAACAAAAUAAUAAAUUGGAGGAGCUAGUUCGAGAAUCAAUAAUUAACUCUUGUGUCACUGCCCAGGCCUCGUCGACUUUAAUUAAGGAGCUCGUCGCCAAAUUUAUUGAGCUCAAGGGUAUAUCGCCGACGUCAAAGGAUCAGAGAAUAUUUGCUAAAGCAAUUCUUCUCGUUAUUCCUUCGUGGCGCUAUCCUGGAAGUGAUGACGGGACGGAUAUUUUGUUUGACCAAGUUGGACGAGGUGGUCUGAUUCAAGCUAGACUGCGGCACAUCCACAAAUCUAUAAACAAAGAUAAGCCAAAAGCACAAAGGAAGCGAGCGCUACCCAGGACGGAGGAUUCGUCGCUAAAACGUGUCGCUGUCGGAACAGAGGUGGCUGAUAGUUCGACCUUGGAUUCGAUUCGCAAGCUGAGUGGCCUUUGUCCAAAAACGGCUGAAAAUCAAAUAAAACGGCUGAUGCAGGAGACUCUCCAACACCGCUCGAUGUUACGGCAGACACGUCAGCUAGGAAUUCUAAAUACAUACAAUAAGUUUUUAGAAUGUGACUUUCUGAUUAAUUACGAAUUCUCCUUGAUGCAUGAAAAUUCGGUCAAAAAUUUUGUAGAUAUUUGGCCAGCGGGUGCCCCCAAAAUUGUACAAAAGGGACCGGAAGUCUGUAGAACUCCUGCGUUGCAAAAAUUUCUUAUGGAAGAAGCAAAUAACUGGGACAUCAAUAUUUCUGCCCUUUUUACCCUGUUGCACCUGAUUCCACCUGCUCCGCAGGGACAAGGGAGAGGAAGUCGCUCGAAUAUUGGUGACGCCAAAGAACUUUUAGUAUCAUUUUUUAAAAGUGGGACACCGCUUCAAUCAAUUUUGAACACGUGGGCGGAUAAGAAAAGCCAACCAAAUCUAGCUUGUCUUGGGGACAACAAAAAGGACCUUACCUCAUAUUUUAUCGUGUGCGACCGCAAGAUUCUUUCCAUUGCAGCGCUAAAUAGUGCAGAAGCUAUCGACACUUUAUUCAAGUCACACUACGUUUUCGCCACAGAAUACGAUAAGAAUUUGUCUGGAUUAUGGAACUUUAUUCAAGUCUAUUUAUAUAAAUUAGAAUUAGGGACAACUACCCUUCCGCGCAAAGUUAAACAAGUCUACAGUCAACUCGCCAGUAUUUUUGACGUUCACCAAGAUUGUUGAACCGAUUUACAAUGUUCCAAUGCCCGGAAUGCGUUAGGUUAUUUGGUACGGAUUUAGAAAUUAAGAAUCAUUUAAAAUAUAUUCAUGCGUAUAGUCACUUAAAUUUUCAUGCUAUUGCUUGUCCGGGUAUUUCCUGCCUAGUAGAAAUUAGUACAUGGAGUGGGUUACAGAGCCAUCUAAAAACUUUCCACGCUGGUGGAAAUAGUGCCGAAAAUAGUGAACAAUUAGUCGACGACCUCUCAGAGGAACAAGUUGAACCUAGUUCUAGUAAUAUUAUUACAAAAUCUGCCUCUCCAUCUACUGAAAAUUUAGAAAAUUUAGACGAUAUAUCGACCGAAUUCGGAAUAACACUUUUCACGGAUCUACUGCAUGAUUUAUGUUCGUCUUUAUCAGCUAGUGGUGUCAAUAAUUCAAUUGUAGAUUUGGUGAUGAAGGAAAUGAAAUAUAAUUUCUCAGAAAUUUGUAAAUUGAUUUGUAAAAUAGGAUUUAAAUAUCGUAUUAAUGAUUUUGACGCUUUCUCUUGCCAAGUGAAUAGCUUAUUGGCUGCUUUUUGUAAGGCGAAGUCUUCUUAUAACAGGUUAAAAUUGUGUAAAAAAAAAUGAUCAGAUUAUUCUCCCUGUAGAAAUAAGUUUAGGUACCCGUACCGAAAUGCGAAUCCGAAAUAAUAAGCGACAACAAGUAAUUGUCUCAGACACGUUUAUGUAUGUGCCCCUCUUAAAAACCUUAGAAAAAAUACUAAGCUGUCAAGAGUAUACUAAAUAUUUAACUGCCCCUUUGGAUAGACAGAUUAAAAUUUAUGAAAAUUUUAGCGAUACGAAUAGUUACAAAACAAAUGGAUUAUUUUCCAAAAAUCCCAGCGCUCUACAGAUUCAAUUAUUUUACGAUGAUUUCGAAACUGUAAAUCCGUUGGGUAAAAGAGGGGUCCACAAAAUUGGUGCCUUGUUUUUUAUUUUACGUAAUUUUCCUGAUUUUGUAAAUUCACAGUUAAAAAAUAUUCAUCUUCUAGCCUUAUUCUAUUCGGAGGGCGCAAAUAAAUACGGUUACAGAUCGAUUUUUAAUCAUAUUAUACCAGAUAUUAAAAUUUUAGAAACUGAAGGCGUUAAUGUUCUCGGAAGGGGCCAGACAUUUUUUAGAACCAUUUGCGCGCUUGCUCAUGAUAAUCUGGGGGCGAAUUCCUUACUUGGUUUUAUGGAAUCCUUCAGUGCGAAUUAUUAUUGUAGAAUUUGUUGUGUUUCAAAACCUGAUGCUCAAGAAAAAUUUGAUCAUUCGGAAUUUUUGUUAAGAAAUAGGGAAAAUUUACGGGACCAUUUAAAUCACUUGUCACAUGGCGUUGUAGGCAGCUGUCCACUCGAUGAUCUUAAUUUUUAUUCUUUUGUCAAUUCUCCAUCGGUGGAUAUUAUGUAUGAUAUUUUAGAAGGGGUGGUUCCUUUUGAGCUUAAAUUAGUGCUGCAGAGGCUGAUAAGUUUAGGCGGUAUAAGCUUAAAUAUUAUUAAUGAUAGGUUAAUGGUGCAUGAUUAUGGGUUUUUGGAGUCCAAGAAUAAGCCAAGUCCUAUAAAAUUAGAUGGUCAAGGUCAUCGGAUUGGACAAAAAGCGGCUCAAGCAUGGUGCCUUAUCAGAUUUUUGCCUGUAAUUAUCGGCGAUUUGAUUGAAACUGAGGAGCAAAAAAAAUAUUGGAAAUUAGUAAUUGCGUUGCUGACUUGUAUGAGUUACGCCUUCUGCAGAAAAUUUUCUGACACAACAAUUGAAUGUCUAAAAGCCAGCAUAGUCAAGCAUCACAAAUUAUUCAAAGAACUUUUUCCAGAAACUAGACUGAUACCAAAACACCACUUUAUGUGUCAUUACCCUUACAUAAUUCGACAGAGUGGUCCCCUUAUUUCUCUAUGGACGAUGCGAUUUGAGGGGAAGCAUUACUAUUUUUCGCAGUUAGCCAACCGUAAUAGAAACUUCAUUAAUAUUUGUUCAUCUCUUGCCAUGCGGCACCAACAAUACAGUUCCCAUAUGUUUAAAAAUAUUGACCUUCACGAUGGACUUGAAAUAGAUAAUGUGAUAAAGGUUUGUUUAUCAGAACUCGCAGAUUCUUUUGAUAUUAUUGAGUGCUUAAGAUUAAUUAAGGGGUUUGAAUUUUGCUCGGCGGAUACUUUUGUGUAUUGUACUAGCAAAAUCAAAUAUAAAGGAUAUUCUUAUCGAUCAAAUUAUGUAGUGUGUUUUGGAACGGGUCCAAUAUUUCCUAAAUUUGGGAUUAUUUCGGAAUUUCUUGUUAUUCACGAUAAUAAGUGCCUAUUCAUACUCAAAGAGAUGACAGUCGAAUAUUUUGAUUCUCAUUUCUUUGCUUAUAAGGUCCUAAUGGGCGAACAUGUAAUUUUGGUUGAUGUUGAAGAUUUAGUCAUACACGAUUGCAUGGAGAUUCAAAAAAAUUGCAAAGUUGACGGUUUGUUUGUAACGACAAGACACCAUUUGUAAAGACAUACAUAUUUCCGAAUGCGCUAGAAAUUAAUCUUAUCUUAUUCUUAUUAUCUAAGAACCAAUAUAAUUGUAUGAUAAGUAAUAUAUAUAAACAUGUACAUAAUUUAAUUCUUAUAUCUUUGUUUUUGUAAUAUGUAGAAACAUGUGAGAAAAUUUAGUUUCUAAUAAAAGCUCAGUUAAAUAAAUAAAUAAA